AUGUUUCGACGACCUGUUGGGGAUCGUCGUCCAACAUCUACUGCUGCCAAAGAAGUAGAGAAUGAGACCCACGAUCAUCCUACAACUUCUCCAUCAUCAAUGCUUCAAAAUAAUAACAACAACAACAACUCGGGAUCGGAAAUUCCUACACCUCGGUCAGAAACUCCAUCAUCCCAUGAAAGGACUCGGGAAUCUUCAAGUGAUGCUACUACAACGAGUCCACUUACUCCCAACAGUCAAAACAGAAUUCUCACCAAACUUCCCUCUUCUCUCAAGUUGGACACACAAAAACUAAUAAGAAAGACAUCAUUGAGUUCAUUCUCAUCACUCUCAAAAAGUUUACGAUCAUCCAUGAAUCCAUACAUGGCGUCUGACUCGAAGCAUGUUGCAACAACAACAACCUCAAGUAGCGGCCAGAAAAAUGUUCCGAGCCAUUUACAUCCUCACAACAUUAUGAUUAUUGAAAUUGGAAGAAAAUAUUUCAAGUGUGGAUUGGCCAUGGAAUAUGCUCCGAGGGUCAUCUCAGUGGUACCGAGUGAAUUGAGUGAAUUGUUGUGCAUGGGUAAAAACCAAAAAUUCAAUUCGUUGCAUAUGAAAGAAUCGUUUGAGAAAUUCAUUCAGAAAGACCUUGCAUUUUCAAUUCUUAAAAGAAAUGAUGAUGAUUCGACACAGAAUAGUAAUGACGAUAUGAGCAGCCUCACAAAUUCAAUGAUUUUUAAGGAUGAAAUUUUCGAGGAAUACAUGAAGUUGAGUGAAAAUUCCCCAUCCAAUAUUCACCACCUGGAUGAUGCAGAAUUUGAGAGAAAAUUAAGUACUUUAUUCUCCCAAUAUAUGAACAAGUUGUUCAUUGAUGAAAUGAAAUUAGUGAUGGAUAGUAUUGACGGAAUUAUAAUUUUGGAAAAUACCAACCAACUUCAUCAACAUUUACUGAGGAAAAUCAUUGAAAAUGAUAUUUGUACGGUACGAAAAUUUCCACGCCUGAAGAGUUUGAAAUUUAUGAACUCGCAAGGUUGUGCAGUUCUACCAAGUUUUUGUUCCAUGUACGCCAGCUCGAACAAUCAAAAAACAAACCAAACACGAACCUUUGAUAGCAAAUUAUUUGGAUUGGAGAGAUUAUUCAUGAAAGAACAAGUCCCGAUAUUGCAAAAGUCUGUUGGAAAUACAACCAUCGAUUUAAGAUUUCAACAUGCUCCUCGAGGAGCUCUACCAAAAUCAGAUGCUUCCCAAUCACAUGAUUUUGGCAUAACGGCCUUAAUAAUUGAUUGUGGUUACAGUGAGUGUAGGAUAGUUCCUGUUCUCUUUGGAAGCAUUCUUCCAUUGUCUGUUGAAAUUCUAUCUAUUGGAUCCAAGAAUGUGUUGCGAAAUUUGGAAAAGCAGUUAUUUGGAAGCAACGAAGGUUCAGCAUACAAACUCUUGGAUAGUCAAGAAAAACAUGAAAUACUCGAGGAUAUUUUGUCACGAUUGUGUUUUUGCUCGAAUGACGACAUAAAUUCGUCUCAAACAAUCAUGUACAAAUACAACUUGUCGUCAAAGAAAAUGGAAAUUCCACUGACCCAUCACGUUCGCUCCAAAAGUUGUGAAUUCAUGUUUGAACCCCUCACGAGCGCCAUUAUUGACUGCUUGAAAAGGCUCGAGACUGAAGCGAGAGGGAAAAUUCUAAGAAAUAUCAUUGUUUGUGGUGGAUUGUCAGAAUUGAAUGGAUUCAAGAAACGGCUCAUCUCUACCUUGCACAAACAUUUAUCUGAGCAAAAAUUUGGAAGUAGCAAAAAUUGGCUGAAAUAUAUGGGAAUUAACACAUUUAACCCUACAAGAUCUUCUCUCUUGAAUUGGUAUGGAGCGAGUAUUGCAUUUUCAUCAAUAACACAUUAUAGCCAACUUCAGACCAAGCUGGAAUAA